AUGCCUGUAAAGUUCCAAAUAACAAAAUUUUUCGAGAUUCCAGACGUUUUGAACCUUACUGUUAAAAAUCAAGAAGAGCUAAUGAAAAAGGAAACUAUUUGCAACUUUGUCAAUACCUAUCUGGGUAGUAAGAAGGACGAGGAGAAGCCCACGAAAACAGAAGCCCCAGCCAAAACCAAGCCAAGCAAGGCACUAAAUGCCAAAUUGGAGCAGCAAGCGCGGCUGGAAGAGUAAGCGGAGGCGGAACGACUGGCUAACUUAUCACCCGAGGAUAAACUGGCCGAGAAGCUGCGCCUGCAAAAGAUCCAGGAGGCCUCAGACCUCAAACACGCCCAAGACGCCUUCGGCGUGACGAGUACGAGCGGCGGCCUCGAUGCCUUCAAUCCGGAAAGCAAGGAGGAGUUCAAGGAGUUCGGCGCCACGAUCAGCUGGAAGGUGGCCCAGUUCCGGGAAUCGGAGCACUUUCCCCAGUUCGUCGAAGAUCUGGUGCGCAGCCUAUGCGUGAACCUGAGCGCCGCUGACAUCAAAAGGGUCGAAAUGACCGUGGAGAUAUUGCACUCGGAAAAGCUGAAACAGGGGCCAGAAGUAAGGGGCAUACAUGGCAGCUCCAGCAUUCUGAAAUUCAUACUGGGUUAA